UCUUACUUCUAUUGAAGACUAAAUGAGAACAUAAAAUGUGGAUAUUUUACUUUCUGUUUUGGACUGCAGUGAAAGCCAGUGCAGAAGAACCACUCUACAGGAAAAUAGGUGAUGAAGCUGUUCUCACACCAGACUCUGUGGAGAAUCCCAUCACCUACAUAAGGUGGAAACAUGGACCUAAUAUCGCCAUGCAGUGGAAUGGAGAAGGGAUGAUCUCCUACAAACAAUUUAAAGAUCGUGGUUCACUGGACAUUUCAACUGGAGAGAUGACGAUCACAGGACUGACUCUAGACGACAGCGGCAUCUACACACCAGAGAUCAACAACAAAGAAACCAGCAACACUCAACUCCUGGUUAUCUCUGCUGUCCCUAAACCCACCAUCACUGUAUUAUGUGAGCGUGAGAUGACCUACUGUGACCUCACCUGUGAGGGCAACAUCACAGGUGCUGAACCAGUCACCUACUGGUGGACAUCAGAUGAAACGAGGUGGAAUUCAACCAAGGAGCUCAAAAUAACAAAGGAGAAUAAGGAGGAGUGGUUCAACUGUAUAGUUGAAAACCCAGUCAGCUCCAACAUCAGUGAAAAAGUCUUCAACCCCUUCAUGGAAGAACUACUCUACAGGAAAAAAGGUGACCAAGUUGUUCUCACACCAGACUCUGUGGAGAAUCCCAUCACCAACAUAAGGUGGAAACAUGGUGAUAAUAUUGCCAUGGAGUGGAGAGGAGACGAGAUUAUCUCCUACCGACAAUUCAAAGAUCGUGGUUCGCUGAACAUUUCAACUGGAAUGAUGACGAUCACAGGACUGACUCCAGACCUCAGCGGCAUCUACACACCAGAGAUCAACGGCAAAGUCACCAACAAGACUAAACUCCAGGUUAUCUCUCCUGUCCCUAAACCCAACAUCUCCAGAUCAUGUGAUCCUGAGAUGACCUCCUGUGUCUUCACCUGUAGUGGCAACAUCACAGAUGCUGCACCAGUCACCUACAGGUGGACAGCAAGUGAAAAGAGGUGGAAUUCAACCAACCAGCACAAAAUAACAAAGGAGAAUAAGGAGGAGUGGUUCAGCUGUACACUUGAAAACAAAGUCAGCUCCAACAGCAGUGAAAAAGUCUUCAACCCCUUAAUUAAAAAGAUGAUCCUAACCAACCGGGAGACUGGCAAUAAACGCAACAUUAGAUUUGUGUUGCUGCCCCCUCCACGCUUCCGUAAAGCAGUCUCCACAUUUCAACGGAACAACACCUCUGAAAGUAAGUUUUAA